AUGGACCGCGAUGGUGACUCUGAAAUGCUAUCCUCUUCUGAAUCCUCCGGAUCCUCUGCUGCAAUCAAUCCCAUCCCCCAGACACCCACAGACCUCGCACUCAACACCCCACAGGCGUCCCAGCAACAUCAGCAGUCCACAGCAGCAGCAGCAAUCGGCCUGGACGGCGGUCUCCCAACUCCAGGAGCUGGCGGCGUCGGCAGUGGUGGAAGCUCAUCCAUAUAUCCAAUUACAGAGUCUACGAGUGCCGCCGCCGACGAAGCAGCCCCUUCAACAAUGUCUGUUGAUGACCAGUCCAGUCCCACACAAGCCAAAAGUGAAGAAGCCUUAAUACUAGAGGGUGAACCGGGGGCGUCGUGGAAUACAGCCAAAGCACAGGAAGAAUACCAACAGAUGAUGACAAUGGUUACUGAUAGGGAUUUCAGUCUAAAUGAAUUUGGCGAUCCGUUUGACGACAGGGAUAUGGAGAUGGGUGAUAAGUUGAUUUGA